AUGGCAGGCAGCCCAGAUGUGGUGGCCAUAGACUGCGAGAUGGUGGGCGUAGGGCCCCUAAUGGUGAGUGGCCUUGCCCGCUGCAGCAUCGUGAACCUCUAUGGCACAAUUCUGUACGACAAAUACAUCCGGCCAGAGGGCGAGAUCACCGAUUAUAGAAACCAGGUCAGCGGGAUCACACCUCAGCACAUGAUGAGUGGCUACGCCUUUUGUGAAGCCAAGCUAGAGAUCCUGCAGCUUCUGAAAGGCAAGCUGGUGGUAGGCCAUGACCUGAAGCAUGACUUCAAUGCACUGAAGGAGGACAUGAACAACUACACCGUCUACGACACAUCCACAGACAUGGUGCUGAGUCAUGAGGCCAAGGUGGGCCAUUACAAACGGGUGUCCCUGCGGGUGCUGAGUGAGCGUCUGCUAAACAAGCGCAUCCAGAACCACUGGCUGGGUCACAGCUCUGUGGAAGACGCCAGGGCCACGAUGGAGCUCUACAAAAUCUCUCAGCGACUCCGAGCCAGAGGCCAGCCAGGACUGUCCCACCUGGGGGCAUCAUACUGAAGGUCAUCCUCUUCCAGGGACCAGAAGCUUCCACUCCUUAAGGACAGUAGUUUUUCACAGACGAGACCCGUUUCUAAUAACAAAAGCAGAAGCAAAGACAAGAACACUCCUCCAUGACAGGAUUUCUCUUGCUUUUGGGGAAAAAAAAGAACAAACAAACAAAUAGAAAAAAAAAAACAAAAACAAAAAAAAACCUUUAGUAAUAAAUGACCCUGUAUUUUAUCUAAUCAA